AUGCACCUGGACCCGAAGCGUGCUCUGCUCGAAGAGGCGGAGCUCGAGAUUUUCAAGCUCCUCUCGUUCGGCGCUACUCCCGAGCGAUGGGCGGAGUGGCUUCGGGCUCCACAGGAGCAUGCCGCAGCCCGCGGCAAUAUCGGCCUUGUCGAGAGACUGCUGGAGGCCGGCGCCGACGGCGGAGCAGGGUGGAGAGGGUGCCGCAGCCGGACAAUGCUCGACGCCGCUGCCCUGGGUGGAAAUGCGGACGUGGUGACGAAGUUGCUUCGAUCAGAAUGUGUGCCGGAUGUCAAUGUGGUAUCGGUGUCGUCGAAGAGAUCGGCGCUGCACCUGGCCGUUACAUGGAGUCACGAAGCGGCAGCGAGGACGCUGAUGAUUGCUGGAGCCGACAAUCACCGGGUCGACCCAGUGAAUAGAUAUACCCCGUUCCAUGUCGCCGCUGAAGGAGGACACGACGACCUGGUUGAUAAUUAUCUGACCGGUGGAGCUUGUCCGAAUUCUCGCAGCAGGGUCGGCCGUACUCCGCUACAUCUUGCUGAUGGACUUGGCAACAAUCGUGAUGUGUCUGCCCUGCUCGGCGACGCCAACACCCACAUGGACGCUCUCGACAACGAUGGGUUUUCCCCAUUGAUGCUGGCGUCUAGAAAUGGCCACCGUUCUACAGUUGAGGUUCUUCUUCGGGCUGGUGCCGACACCACCCGACGUGCCACCGAUAGUGGGGACUUUUCACACAUGGCGGCGCUCGAUGUGGCGGCAGCACAAGGACAUGUUCGGGUGGUCAAAGCUAUACUUGGGAACGGCGGAGACGCGAGUGCUGUUGACGACCACGGCUGCACCGCUUUGCACUAUGCCGCUCUACACAAGCACGGGGGUGAGGUGGUAGACGUGCUUCUCGACGCUGGAGUCGAUGUCAAUGCCAAAACGGCAGAUGGAUCGACACCUCUCCGCUACUGCGCCUUAAUGAGACAUGACGAAGCCAUGGUUACCCUUGUGAAGCGGGGGGGCAACGUCAAUGAAAACACCAGCAAUGGCGUGUCGGUGUUGCAUUGGGCAUGUGCGAUACCUCGACCAGGUGUGGACAGAGCGGUCGGCCUCCUGUUGAGAUGGGAGGCGUUUGCAGCCGCCCUCGACAGCCGUGGUGAAACACCCUCCAACCACCUUGAAUUGGCCGCUGCACUGUUUGCCGGCACCUCUGCAGCCCCCCGAAACUCGGUCAGAGAAGAGAUUCAACGCGCACUAGUGCUGCUGGCGCGUGCUCCGGCGGACAGGACGUGGAGGCGCCGUUGCUGGCUGGCGAUGCUUCGCGCGAGGGCGGGGAGGGAGAGGGAAGCGUGCUCCAGUAAUAGCAGUACUGGCAACGACCGAACCGAGGCAAUCGAUCGAAAGCUGGUGGGUCACGACGAGGACGACGGUAGCAAGGAAGUGGGGAAAACGGACGCCGGCGGCAGCGGGAGUGGGCCAAUGGAUGGCAAAAAAGGUGGUCCGGGCAGGACGAAGAGACGGUGGCUGAGGAAGGGGUAUUGA